AUGGAUUCAGGACUAUCUUGGGCUGAUCAAUGGGAUUACAACUCUGACCCACCUGCAAAUUCAAAUAAAGAAGACGAUAAGAAGAAGAACAAAAAGAAGGAAGACGGAAGCAAAAGCAGUUUUGGGAAGGCCAUACUUGGCUUGAAAUUAAUGGGUAAAGGAACUUCGCAAGAAAUCUGA